AGGAAAACUGUUUGGGAUACUUCACUUCUUCAGCGAGUUUUUCGGGGAUUUCUCUCUGAUUUUGUCACCUGAAAAAACUUUAUACAUGAUCUAAGGAGGGGGGGACUUGUUCUGUACCGUGUAGUCGACUGUUUUAGUGGUUUUUUGGUGUUUGUGAAGGAUGGCGUUGGACGGGAUCCGGAUGCCCGAUGGCUGCUACGCCGAUGGGACGUGGGAACUGAAGAUGCAUGUUACUGACCUCCACAGGGAUGUGUCGCUGAGGGUCACUGGGGAAAUCCACAUAGGCGGAGUCAUGCUCAAACUCGUGGAGAAACUAGAUGUGAAGAAGGACUGGUCAGACCACGCUCUGUGGUGGGAGAAAAAGAAGACAUGGCUGUUGAAAACCCACUGGACGCUGGACAAGUACGGCAUCCAAGCAGACGCCAGGCUGCUCUUCACGCCGCAGCACAAGCUCCUGCGCCUCCAGCUGCCCAACAUGAAGCACAUGAAGGUCAAGGUCAACUUCUCCGACCGCGUCUUUAAGGCGGUCUCCGACAUCUGCAAAACUUUCAAUAUCCGCCACCCAGAGGAGUUAUCUCUGCUGCGUAAGCCGCGUGAUCCCAAGAAGAAGAAGAAAAAGUUGGAGGAGGCAGAGGAGGAUGAUCUGGAGCUGGAGGGUCCGUUAUUAACCCCUGGAUCAGGGAGCAUCUACUCCAGUCCAGGAUUAUACAGUAAGACUAUGACCCCCACCUAUGACUCCAGGGAUGGCAGCCCGCUGUCACCCACCUCUGCCUGGUUUGGGGACAGCCCUCUCUCUGAGGGCAAUCCCAGCAUCCUCGCUGUCAGCCAGCCAAUCUCCUCACCAGACAUCCUGGCCAAACUCUACAAGCCCCAGUCCCUUCUGGACAAAGCCAAAAUCAACCAGGGGUGGUUGGACUCGUCCAGGUCUCUGAUGGAGCAGGAUGUUAAGGAGAAUGAGGUGCUGCUGCUGAGGUUUAAAUACCACAGUUUCUUUGACCUCAACCCUAAGUAUGAUGCCAUCCGAGUGAACCAGCUCUAUGAACAGUCCAAGUGGGCCAUCCUGCUGGAGGAAAUUGAGUGCACGGAGGAGGAAAUGAUGAUGUUUGCUGCCCUGCAGUACCACAUCAACAAACUGUCAAUCAUGUCUUCAGACAACCACAUGAAUAACAGUGAGAAGGAGGUGGAUGAGGUGGAUGCAGCCCUAUCAGACCUGGAGAUUACUUUGGAGGGAGGGAAGACAUCCAAGACACUGGGUGACAUCACAUCUAUUCCUGAGCUAGCGGAUUAUGUCAAAGUCUUCAAACCCAAGAAACUGACGCUGAAGGGCUAUAAGCAGUACUGGUGCACAUUCAAAGAUAUCACAAUUUCCUGUUACAAGAGUAAAGAGGAGUCACAUGGGACACCUGCUCACCAAAUGAAUCUCAGAGGCUGUGAGGUAACUCCAGAUGUUAACAUCUCUGGUCAGAAAUUCAACAUCAAGUUGCUAAUCCCUGUUGCCGACGGGAUGAAUGAGAUCUGGCUUCGAUGUGACACGGAGAAACAGUACGCUCACUGGAUGGCUGCAUGCCGCUUGGCCUCUAAAGGGAAGACCAUGGCCGACAGCUCGUACAACUUGGAGGUCCAGAACAUUCUGUCCUUCCUCAAGAUGCAGCACAUGAACCCCGACCCUCAGUUCAUUGAACCUAUCACCACCGAUAUCAACCCAGAAUGCCUGGUCCCGCGCUAUUUGAAGAAGUACAAGAACAAGCAGAUUUCAGCCCGGAUCCUUGAAGCCCACCAGAACGUGGCCCAGAUGAGUCUCAUUGAGGCCAAAAUGCGCUUCAUCCAGGCGUGGCAGUCCCUGCCGGAGUUUGGAAUCACUCAUUUCCUCGCCAAGUUCCAGGGAGUAAAGCGAGAGGAACUGAUGGGUAUCACUUACAACCGUUUGAUCCGGAUGGACCCCAACGCUGGAGACGCUAUCAAAACCUGGCGUUUCAGCAACAUGAAGCAGUGGAAUGUCAACUGGGAGAUCAAGAUGGUGACCGUGGAAUUUGCAGACGAGCCCAGUCUGUCGUUCGUCUGUGCCGAGGUCGACUGUAAAGUGGUCCACGAAUUCAUUGGUGGCUACAUCUUCCUGUCCACACGUGCCAAGGACCAGAACGAGUCUCUAGACGAGGAGAUGUUCUAUAAGCUGACCAGCGGCUGGGUGUGAGCUGCCUCAAACCAACAGGGGUCAGUGAAUGCAGGCCAGGGGCCAGGAGGGGAGUGUCAGGGAGGUG